AUGUCGUCCGGAGCCAUCGCGACGGACGCAUCGGCGAAUGGCGCGGCGGCGUCGCCGCCUCCGCAGAGCAACGGCAACACGGCGAUGACAUACGCGUCGGUGAUCUCGCUGCACCAACUCAACAUCGCCGUGAUCGCCGUUCUCGUGCUGCUCGUGCUGCUCGUGCUCGUCCUCUCCAUCGCCAAGGCGCGCUCCACGUGGCUCCACCGCCGCGCCGUCUUGCGUCAGCAGGCGGAAAGCGCGCAGAACCUUCGGCCGGUCGGUCAGCGCGGUUUGCUGGUCGACGACCGACCAGGGAACGGUAUUCCCGAGGAGCUGAUAAAGCUGCUAGGGCAGGUGGUGGCGUUCGAGGCGGCGAAGGUUGGCGGGGAGUGCGAGAGCGAGCGCGAGUGCAUCGUGUGCCUGGGGGAGUAUAACGAGGGCGACAUGGUGCGCGUGCUGGACGCGUGCCACCACAUGUUCCACCAGGACUGCAUAGACGCGUGGCUCAAGGCCCACAACUCGUGCCCCAUCUGCCGCACCGAGCAGAGCGGUUACCACGGCAGCAUCACUGCUGUGAAUGUCGAGGGAGGAGAGGUUCCUGAAGGCAGCGAUAGGGAUCCUUUCGUGGCUGUGCCUAUGCCCGAAGCAGUGACUGGGGCUCAGGUCGCUGUGUCGAAAGGCUUGCUGGUAAAAGAGAGGGCGGAGUGUAGAGGAACGGGGCAUGUGGGUGUGGAGAUUGAUGAGGCAACACAAGGCAGCUGUUGUGCUGCUGGUGGAAAUGGCGGGUACGGGAAGCCUGCCUACGUGGUGACCAACGCCGACGACUCACUCCCAGUCGGCACCAACGGCUCGCUGCGAUGGGGAUUAACGCGCGCAUAUGCCGCUGCGGGAACCAACGGCAUCUACAUCACGUUCGCGAAGAAAAUUGACGUUUUGCUCCUUGGGCCGCUAGCCGUGCCGUCGGGCACGACAAUCGACGGGCGGGGAGUUGCCGUCCGGCUCUUCGGGUCGUCCGUCGUGGUUCGCAACGCUCGGAAUGUCAUUGUGCACAAUAUCGAAGUGCAAAGCGUGCAGUUCCCCAACGUGAAUAGCGGCGUGAGCAUCAUCGACAGCACGGUAGUGUGGCUGGAUCACGUGCGGGUGCGCGACGCUGUACCGGGGGCAGUGGAGGUCGUUGGCAGUAGCGCGGGCAGUGCCGGCAGUGUGACAAUAUCGAGCUGCCACCUGAGGAACGUGUAUCUGCCGGGCCCCAGCUCCCCGCCCAAAAGCCCAGGCUCCUCGAAAGCGCCGAACGCGCCGAAAGCGGCGAGCCCACCUGGCGGCGCGAGCAGCAGCACCAAGAGCGCCGGCGGCAACGCCUCUCCUCCGCUGAGCGUGACGCUCUUCCGGAACUGGUUUGACUCGAACAACAACGCCAACCCCCAAUGCGCUGCCGCCACGUGUCACCUCGCGAAUAACCUGCUGUCGAAUUGGCGAACGUGGUGCAUCCAGGCGAAACUCGCGGCAAACGUUCGGUCAGAAGGAAACAUUUUUCUUGCCGCCGGGCAGAAAGACGCGGCGCGAUCAGAUGGCUCCUCAAUGGUUUCUCUAGGAGACAGGCUUGGGAACGGCGCGGUCUUUAACUCACAAGGGACGGGAAUAGUAUUCACUCCGCCGUAUUCGAUCACGCUCGCGGCGCCUGACACGGCGCUAGAGAGCUUUAUUCAGCAGUCCGUGGGCCCGCGCGUUAUGGCGCGUCCGCCCAUGCAGCCCCCCCCUCCCCCUGCUUCCCCGCCGCCUGCUUCCCAGUCGCCUCCUCCCAAAUCCCCCCCUCCACUGCAAUCUCCGCCUCCGCCCGCGCCCCUCACUAAUAUCAACAUGAAUCCUCCGCGUUCCCCGCGCACCCCCCCUCGGUAUCCCCCUACUUCUCCGCCACCACCGGUGAACUCUCCCCCGGCCCCCCCCGCUCCCCCGUCCGCGGACCUCCCAGACGCGCAAUGCGCGUUUGAUUCGGAUUUUCCGCUGCACAAUUGCUCACUGGGGUUUGCGCGGGGUGUGCUGGGGGGAUACGGGCGCAGCGAAUAUGUGGUAACCAGCUACAACGAUAGCAUCAUCGCGCCUGUGGAGGUGGGCGAAGUAGACGAAGCACCUUAUGGCACGCAGGACGGCAUAGCCAUCAGGGCCAGCAGCACAGUGUGGGUGGACCACUGCCUCGUGCACAACGCCCCCAUGGGAACCGUUGACCUCCUCGCCUCCUCAGACGCCGUCACCAUCUCAUACUGCCACCUCUCCAACUACCUCCUCCCGCUCUCCUCCGCCAACGCCACGUCAGCGCCGGCCCCUGACGACCCAACAAGCCUAGGCACGGACACGGGCACGGAUGGGGAUGGGGGUACUGGAGAGCCUGAUGCGGCUCGGGUUACGUACUUUGGGAAUUUCUUUGAGGGGCCGUCGGCACCGAUGCUGCACUGCCAGGCGUCGCUGUGCCACGUGGCAAACAAUCUGUUUGCCAACUGGACCGACACGUGCAUUGUGGCGCGCGGAGGCGCGUCGGUGAGAUCUCUCAAUAACGUGUAUGCCAGCACGGCUGAGGGUGCGGCGGGGAUUGUUACUGCAAAUGCGGACGGCGCGAGUUUCUUUGUAACGAGCGGGGAUCUGCUGCGGAAUGGAGUGCGUUUUGUGGUGAGUUUGCCGCCCGGAGCGAGUGGGAGUGCGGACAUUCCGCCUCUGCCAUACUCUCUACCGGUAGACAAAGCUGACUCAAGCCUUCCAGGCGCGAUCAAGGGGAAUUCGGGGCCUCAGUUCUGA